AUGCCUGAAACUAUAGAUCAUACACUUUCUAUUUUCAUGAAUAUCAUUGAAUCCAUCAAUCAAUACUACCUAUUGAGCAGCCACCAUGCACAGAUGGCAGAUGGCACCGUCAAGAGGGAGGACAUAUUUUACACCGGGAAGCUGUGGUCCACUUAUCACCGCCCAGAGUUGGUUCAGAAACGUCUGGAGCAAUCGCUGAAGGACCUGCAGCUGGAUUAUCUCGAUCUCUUCAUCAUCCACUACCCCUACUCUUUUAAGCCCGGAGAAGAGUUUCUACCACUGGAUGGAAACAAGAAACCAACCCCAGAUGACGUAGACCUUCGAACUACAUGGGAGGCCCUGGAGGCAUGCAAAGAUGCCAGCUUGGUCAGAUCCAUCGGUGUCUCCAACUUCAGCCGCAAACACCUGGAGAUGAUCUUGUCUAAGCCAGGACUUAAGUACAAAUCCGUCUGCAAUCAGGUGGAGUGUCACCUUUAUCUCAACCAGAGCAAACUGCUGGAGUUCUGCAAGGCCAACGACAUCACCUUGGUGGCAUAUAGUGUGCUGGGGUCGCAGAGAAAUAAGCUCUGGGUGGAUCAGAGUACCCCAGUGCUGCUGGAGGACCCGGUGCUGGGCGCUGUCGCCAAGAAACACAACCGCACCCCGGCCCUGGUUUCCCUGCACAACCAGCUGCAGCGUGGGGCUGUGGUUCUGACCAAGAGCUUCAACGAGAAGCGGAUACAAGAGAACAUGCAGGUGUUUGAUUUCCAGCUGGACUCCGAGGACAUGGAAACCCUUGACCACCUCAACAGGAACAUGUGUUACAUUAAGGAAGACUUAUCAGCCCACCCUAGCAAACUGGGCCAGAAGGGGCACAACUGGAAGGUGGAGCCAUGGCAGGGCUCCUGGUGA